GGCCUCACAUUUUUCUUUUCCUUUUAAACACUCUCUCUCGUUUGGGUCAACAAGUCAACAAAACAAAAACUCUUUCUUCUCUAUCCCUAUCUCUCUCUCUAGAUUCUCUCAUUUCCUCUUUCUGGAAUCUCUUGAGAUUCUUGAGAAUGGCGUCGACGACUACAUGCGCGAGGGAGGUGCACUACAGGGGAGUAAGGAAGAGACCGUGGGGCCGUUACGCGGCAGAGAUUAGAGAUCCUUGGAAGAAAACUAGGGUUUGGCUUGGCACUUUCGACACUCCCGAAGAAGCUGCUCUCGCUUACGACGGCGCCGCCCGUUUCCUCCGUGGUAUCAAAGCUAAGACUAACUUCCCUCCUCCUCUCUCUCUCAACCUCAACCUCAACGACUUUCCUCCCGCUCCCUCCGCCACCUCCGCGGAUAACCACCACAGCCAACACCACUGGUUCCCCGCUCCUCUGUCUAUCACCGACAAUCACCACCACCACCACCACCGAGUCUUUCUCCGAACUGGAGUGCUCAACGAUAAAACCUCCGAUUUCUCCUCUACAGAAGCAGCGCCGCUUUACUUCGCCAACUCGCCUGACGUUGCCACGUCAUCGUCUCGAGUGUUUGAGUUUCCGAUAAUGAGUUCUUCUCCUUCCUCCUCCUCCUCCGCAACGGCAAGACGUGGCUUAGCCAUUGAUCUUAACGAGCCGCCGCCGCUUUGGUUGUAAAACAUACAGAUGAAACGGAGACAACGGCGCCGUUUUUGACCACUUUCGGUGGGAACUAUUAUUGUUUAACUUUUAAUUUCUUUUUAGCAAAUAUCUUUUCUUAGAGUAGUAUGAGUAGUUUCCUUUUCAACUUGUCUUUUUCUUUUUGGUUAUGUAAGAGAUGGAGAUUUGUUAAUUGAUCCAUGUUGCGGGAAAAAAGAAGCUCUUAAUUAUUAGCACAAGUGAACACUCACAAGCUCUUAAUUGCUAAACUGGUUUCGAAGGAUUAGAAAAUGAAUCUAAAGAGUAGAUUUCAUGUCGUGAAUUGUUACGACCGUCGCUUAUGUCGGUUUCGAGGGGAUUUUUUAAAUCUUAUUGUGUUCUGUCUAUGCCGUGUCGUGGAAUACGGACUGACUUGUGCAAGCUCUGUGUACUGUUUUGACUCACGCGCCUUCUAACACGACAAAAGACUGUGAAAGAGAGAAACAGACAAAAGAUAUAAUAGAGACUAGUGGUGGAGAGAAAUCAAACAGAGCAAGCGUGUGACGUUGGACACUGCCAUUUUCACUUACAGACAAUAAAUGUAUUAUCAGUUUGACUGUUUGAGUUUGUAAAUCUUUUCAUUUACUUCUAAUUAUUUUUUAUAAAGGAAAUUGCUAUUUUAAGAAA